AUGACUGCAAUCGUUGCGACCCCACCAGCUGCCCUGCACGAUACGUUUCAGGCUUUGAAGAUCAAGCCUAUACACAAUGACGUGUAUGAUGCUGAGGAGAAGAAGAGGAGGAUUUUUGACACCCCUUACGAGCCAAACCUGAAAUGGUGGACCACCAACCAAGCAGAAUACGUCAAGCCAAGCCAAGACCCCUUACCAGAAGGAUACCCUGAUCAAGUGGUAUCAAACACUGUAUGGGACGGGAAGGUGCUGAUCAACCAACGUUUCAGGGUACUGAGAGGCCUUCCAGUGGAUUCAUGGACAAGAUCUAAACAGAUCUCAGUCUUCGCUGGGAUCUCAGCAUAUGUUUCUCCGAGAAGGAUUGCAUCGCCAUCUGGAGACAACAUCACACACCUCAGAGACAUUACCAAUAUCGAAGCGGAUAAGAGGCCUCCUAUUGUGGUAAAAGGUCAGACCAAUGGUAACCAAGUAUUCCAUAACGACGGAAGUCUCGGUAUUAUCUCCCUUUUCACCCUUGGUGUUGCAGAAACUGGAGGGCUGUCGCAAUUGGCAUCAGUUGGUCAGACCUACAACGAAUUUGCCAGGGACAGAAGAGAUAUCGUCAGAGAGCUUGCCAAACCAGAUUGGAAAAACAAAUAUCAUCCUGAAGAGAGACGUCUGAUCCAUCCCGUUGGAGACAAACAAGUGAUCUCCGUCUACUCUCGAAGACCUUACUUCGGCUUCUACGGGGCGGAUGAAGACGUUGAGCCUUUACCCAAGGAGAAACAUCUAGCCUUGGAUGCUAUUCACUUCACAGCGGAGAAAUUCAGUAUCGAUUUGGAUUUGGAAAAAGGUGAUCUGGAAUACGUUAACAACGUGACUGUAUAUCAUGCUCGGACAGCAUCAGAAGACUCGGACAAGAAUCAACGGCAUCUCAUACGGCUCUGGCUUGACAACGAGGAGCAACCAUUGCCGGACAAUCUGGUGGAUGAGUUCAGAGCACCCAGAGAAGGUCAAAAAUGGCCACAAGAGGCCUGGGAUUAA